AUAAGAAUAUGCCUAGUUUCACAUAUCGUGUGCUAUUCGCUAUAAUAUCUACUCCUGUACAUAUCUAUCCAACACCAUUUAUUUUAUGUGCAUUAUAUGACCGUAUAUAACGUGCCCUCUUAUACAUACUUCUUAUGUCUAAGUCCUGGAUUUCUAUCAAGUAAACAGCAUUGGUCUCAACAUCAUUAUUCUUAUCUAGGUUUGGCUCACCCUUGUGUGUAUACUGCAUUUGUUUAUGUAAUCCUGUUUAGGCCGUAUAUAAUAAUAUAUUUGUUUGUUUAAUACAUAUUUAGAUCACCUGUGAACAUUCUUGCAGUGUUAUGUGGAUGAUGGAGGCUUCCAACUUUAUGGGCGCUACCAUUCCAAGGCUUGCCAGGAUUCCGUAUUCUAUGUAAUUUUUCUGCUCGUGGAAUUUGGUGUAUUUAUCAUAUGUAAUGGAUACAUUCUUUUAUUCAUUUAGUGGAAUGAAGUAUCUGCAUCACCGGUAUACACACGCGUUAUAUUAUCCAUAUAUCAACUUUACUCCCAUUGUUAAAUCGUAAGCGCCGUGAAACAACAGUAUAUUACUAUGCCGAUCGUAUUAAGAAACAUUCUACUAGUUUAUCAUACCAAGGCUGGCCGUGUAGCCAGACGCGUGACGGGUAUAUACACAUCCAUUAACAGUAGUUCUUCCAUUUAAUAGAUACACAGACUAUUCAUGUAACCGUUUUUUAUCUCUCUCAUGCACUAGAAGCUUUGUAGUCGGCGGAUGUGAGAGCAGUAAUGACACUGCAUCUCAUUGCUAUCGUAUAACUGUAAACAUGUUGUAACAAAGAUGGGACAGGCGGCAUCCGUUGUUAAGGCUAGGCGUGUCCCCCGCCUUCCUGGAGAAAAGCUUAACGUUCACGAGCUCCCGAAGGUACAUGUGAAGGUGAUGACGCCUCCAUCGGAAGCAAGUUCUCGUGUGUCUAUUUGCCGUUGUUGGAGAUCUGCAAAGUUCCCAAUCUGCGAUAACUCACACCAGGUACUACAAUCGCAGGGAAUCAAAGUCGGACCCGUGAUGCUAGAAGUGCGCAAAGACCGUUAGGUCA